CUUAAUGUCAGUGAAGGCAGAGAAAGCCAUGCCGGUGAAAGGGGAAGGAGGAGUUGAUCCUAGAGGAACUAUUCCCUUGAAACAGCACUUUGUGCUUGUACAUGGCAUAGGUGGAGGAGGUUGGUGCUGGUACAAAAUUCGGUGUCUUAUGGAGAAUUCCGGCUACAAGGUCUCCUGCAUAGACCUAAAGAGUGCGGGAAUUGAUCAAUCUGAUGCUGAUUCUGUUCUAACUUUUGAUGAUUAUAAUAAACCUCUCAUGGAUUUCAUGUCUGCUUUGCCGGAGAAUGAACAGGUUAUAUUGGUGGGGCAUAGCGCAGGAGGGUUGAAUAUAACUCAGGCUUGUCAUAAGUUUGCCAAUAAGAUCAACUUAGCAGUGUAUGUGGCAGCAACUAUGCUCAAGUUGGGAUGCUGGACCGAUGAAGAUCUUAAAGAUGGGGCACCUGACUUAUCUGAGUUUGGGGAUGUGUACGAGCUAGGAUUUGGAUUGGGACACGAUAAGCCUCCAACCAGUGCUUUGGUGAAGAAAGAAUUUCAACGCAAAAUCAUCUAUCCUUUGAGCCCUCAUGAGGAUUCGACCUUGGCUGCAAUGCUGUUGAGGCCAGGACCAUUGCUAGCGUUGACCAGUGCACAAUUCACAGAGGAUGAUGAAGUGGAGAAGGUGCCACGCGUGUACAUAAGGACAAGACAUGACAGGGUGAUGAAGCCAGAGCAACAGGAAGCCAUGAUAAAGAGGUGGCCACCAUCUACUGUGUAUGAACUUGACAGUGACCAUAGCCCCUUCUUCUCCACCCCAUUUGUCCUCUUUGGUUUGCUUGUAAAAGCCGCAGCUUUUGAUGGUGGAUGCAACUAGUUGAGUACAGAGGCACCAUGUUUUUAUUUUCCAUUUCUUUG